AUGGGCAGUGGGUAUACCAACCUAGGCGAGGCCCUGUGGUGCUGCUCCAACCUCUACAGUGACAUCAAGCUUCGGCUCUCCCACAAACGCCUCAUGAUCUUCACCUGCCGAGACAUGCCACACGGGGGCGACAGCGAGCACGACCACCAGGCCCGCACCAAGGCUAGCGACCUCAAAGAGACUGGUGUGGUGAUAGACCUGAUGCAUCUGAUGAAGCCAGGUGGGUUCGACAUCUCGCUCUUCUUCUGCGACGUGGUGAGCCCCCCCCCCCCCCGAGGACGAGGCUGAGGUGGGCCUGCAGAUGAAGCCUUGUGGGAAAUUGGAGGACCUCCAGAAGAGGGUCAGAACCAAGGAGGAAGAAGAGAUCGGUCGCAAGGUUGAAUCUGUGUCUUGGGGAAGGGAUGAACAUGGCGGUGGGUGUGUACAUCACGGCCCUACAGGCCAAGAAGCCUAACGCCAUCAAGCUAUACAGAGACAACAACGAGCCCGUCUGCACUAAGACACGACUCUACCACCCACAGACGGGCAGCCUGCUGCUCCCCAGCGACACCAAGAAGGCUCAGGUGUAUGCAGGCAGGCAGAUAGUGAUGGAGAUGGACGAGGUGGAUGUGAUAAAGACGUUUUCUGACCAGGGUCUGGAGCUGAUUGGGUUCAAGCCCAUGGAGCGUCUCAAACUGCACCACCACCUCAGAUCUGCUGUCUUCAUCUACCCAGAGGAGGAAAUGGUCACAGUGAGUGCCUGUGUUUUCACAGCGUUGCUGCGCAGAUGUAGUGAGAGGAACGUGUUCGCUCUGUGUAAAUACACACAGAUUCGUAACUCUCCCCCGUGCUUCUUAGCGCUGGUGCCCCAAAGAGAGGAGGUGGAUGAGGGCCAGGCUCAGAUUGCAGCUCCAGGCUUCCAUGGCAUCUUCCUGCCCUACGCGGAUGACAUCCGUACCCUGGACACUCCUCAGCUCCCCACGGCCUCCGACGCCCAGGUGGACAAGAUGAAGGAGAUGGUACACAAUCUACGCUUCAAAUACAGGAGUGAUGCGUUUGAGAACCCAGUCCUCCAGCAACACUACAGGAACCUGGAAGCCUUGGCUUUAGAUCUCAUGGCCCCGGAGCACGUAGAGGACCACACCAUGCCCAAUGUGAAUUUGAUGGACCAGCGUCUUGGUUCCCUGGCUCAGGAGUUCAGAGAUCUGGUGUACCCUGCAGACUACAACCCAGAGGGCAAGACUGCACCCAAACGCAAACCAGCUGAGGCGGCAGGCAGCGCAGAGAAGAAGCCCAAGGUGGAGAUGUCUGAGGACGAGCUGAGGGGUCACAUACAGAAAGGCACCCUGGGUAAGCUGACGGUGCCCGUGCUGAAGGACGCCUGUAAGCAGUUCGGGGUGAAGGUCACAGGGACCAAGAAACAGAAGCUAAUAGACGCCCUGACUGCAAAGCUCACGAAAUGA